UCUCUCUUCCAAUUAUAUUCUCUCUUAAUAUAUAAGACAUCACACACAGCCACCACACAUUCAUACUAAGAAAUAGAAUUGCUAGAGAGAACAUGAUGAGAACUUCUUUUUGUGAAAAAAAUGGAUUGAGAAAAGGCACUUGGACAACUGAGGAAGACAAAAAGUUGAUUGCUUAUGUUACUAGGUAUGGUUGCUGGAAUUGGCGCCAACUACCUAAAUUUGCAGGUCUUGAAAGGUGUGGGAAGAGUUGUAGAUUAAGGUGGUUGAACUAUCUAAAGCCAGGUAUCAAAAGAGGGAACUUUAGUCAACAAGAAGAAGAAACUAUCAUUAAACUUCACCAAAAAUUGGGUAAUAGGUGGAUCAUAAUUGCUGCAAAUUUACCAGGGAGAACAGAUAACGAGAUAAAGAAUUACUGGCACACUAUCUUGAAAAAACGUGUUAUGAAAAAUAGUAUGUCAGACGCUAAAUGUGGAACAAGAAAAGCCAAAGUUUCAGAGUCAAAUGAUCACCCUACAAUGGAAGCUGAAGCCAGUAAAAUUGAUUGUGUAUUAGAGAACAAUAGUAGUCACAAUAUCUCAAAUCCACUUUCUUCAAAAUCAUCUUCAAGUGAAUUUUCUUGCAUAACAAUGGAUAGUGCAGCUACCAAAAUAUCAUAUGAAAAUUCUCUUUUUGAUGACAAUGACAUUCCUUUUAUGAAUGAAUACAUGGAAGCUGUGAGUGAAAAUUUCUGGACAGAGCCAUAUAUGAUAGAGAGUACUUAUGUCCAUCCAAGUGAAGAAGCUAUAUUACUUCCUGCAGGGUGUGAACAUGAAUACUUUAGUCCUAAGUACGAUAUAGAACUUUGGAGCAGUGUAGAAUAACAGGAAUACUUGUAUGGUCACUAAACAUUUAAUUUGGUCAUGCACAUAAUUGAAAAAAAUAGAAAUAGAAAAUAAUUAAAUAAUAUAUAUUUUUUAAAUAAUAUAUGUAUUAUUAUGUUUGACCAAAUUAAGUGUUCCAAUAUUUGUAAACAAACAAGUAAUUUUCCUAGAAAUAAAUGGUUACAUGUGGGGGUUCACACUAUUUGAUUCGAAAAUUUCUCAUCCCACCUACUC